AUGCCUCUGAGGCCACAGAGGAGCUUCUCACCUCUCUCGCUCAAACUACAAGGUUCUAAGAGGAUCCUGAGGUCCAAUGAGAUAUUGUUGUCUUCCGCGGGGCUGACUGAGACAGAUCUUCAGCUCACCUUCUCUCUACAGUACCCCCACUUCCUGAAGAGAGAUGCCAACCAACUCCAGAUCAUGCUCCAGCGACGUAAACGUUAUAAGAACCGAACCAUCCUGGGCUACAAGACCCUGGCUCUGGGACUCAUCAACAUGGCUGAGGUGAUGCAGCACCCCAGUGAGGGGGCCCAGGUGUUGGGGCUCCACAGCCAGUUGAAGGAGGCCUCUGUACCCGUGGCGGAGGUCAGGGUCUACUCCCUCUCCAGCCAGCCCAUCGACCACGAGGGACCCAAGGCCAAGAUGUCUGAUCGUUCUCCAGACAUUGAUAACUAUUCUGAGGAAGAGGAGGAGAGCUUCUCAUCAGAACAGGAGGGCAGUGACGACCACGGCCAGUAUCUGUAUGAUGAAGAGGAUGAGGUGAGGAAGAAAAAGCCUAGACGGAAGCUCACCUCCAACGCCUCCAUCACUAGACAACCCAACAUCAAGCAGAAGUUUGUGGCCCUGCUGAAAAGAUUCAAAGUUUCAGAUGAGGUGGGUUUUGGUCUGGAGCAUGUCUCUAGAGAACAGAUCCAGGAAGUGGAGGAGGAUUUAGAUGAGUUGUAUGACAGUCUGGAGAUGUACAACCCCUCUGACAGCGGACCAGAGAUGGAGGAGACGGACAGCAUCCUCAGCACACCCAAACCUAAACUCAGGCCGUUCUUUGAGGGGAUGUCUCAGUCCAGCUCUCAGACAGAGAUCACUAGUCUGAACAGCAGAGGGGGGAGCCUGGGACGUGACGCCUGCUUCAACCCUCAGGGGGAGCAGAUGAAACACUCUCACAGUCGUAACCUGGAGAUAGAGGCCCUCUCCGAGACAGACACACUGGAGUUGAACGAUCAGGAGAUGUUUCCAGAGGGCCCCUGCAUUAAGGUGUCGGUGGCUGAGAAACCCUGUACACCCCUGAAGAGCAGUAAGAGUGAAGGAGGACAGACUAUGCCCUCCCCCAGGUUGGACGGUGGAGGCCACACCCCCAAACAGAAGAGACAGAGCAAUACUCCUAUGAAGGAGAGGCAGCUGUCUAAACCAAUCAGUGAAGGGGCGAAGACCAACAUCUCUGACAGCGAGAGGUCCCCCGAACUGGGACGCAGCUCACAGGUCCUGAGGAAGGCGGUGUAUGAUCAGCUAAACCAUGUCCUGCAGUCUGACUCUUCUCUUCCUGAGAGUCUCAUCCUGGUCAAUGGCACCGACUGGCAGGGCCAGUACGUGGUAGAGCAGCUGCAGGUACAGAGGCACCCGGUGGUGUGUACAUGUUCAGGAGCUGAGAUCCAGGCGGUGCUUUCUGCUGUCCUCACACGCAUCCAGAAGUUUUGUAACUGUAACUCGUCCAUGCCCAGGCCAGUCAAGGUGGCAGUGGUGGGCAGUCAGAGCUACCUCAGUGCCAUCCUGCAGUUCUUCGUCACCCAGCUGGCCAGCAAGACCUCUGAUUGGCUCAGCCACCUGAGGUUCCUGGUGGUGCCCCUGGGCUGUCAUCCUGUUGCUAAGCACCUGGGUGCCCUAGACAACCGUUACAGCUCUGCAUUCUUAGAUGGGGCGUGGGGAGACGUGUUCAUCCACUCUGAACCCCCACAGAAAGUCCAGUUGGACGUGGCAGGUAGGAUCUCUCAGUACAUCAGUGGCGCCACAGUCACACACCAGCUGCCCAUCGCUGAGGCCAUGCUUACCUGUAAACACAGGACGCACGAUGAAGAUUCCUACCAGAAGUUCAUUCCCUUCAUUGGGGUGGUGAAGGUUGGUCUGAUUGAGCAUGGUCCAUCCUCUACUGGAGACACAGAAGAGUGUGUGGCAGUGAGCCUUGCUGUUCCUUCUACAUCCCCUCCCUCCCACAGCUCUCCCGCUGGGCUGAUCAAAGAGGCUGCCACCCCCCCCUCCUCUCCCUCCAUGGGCAGUGUUCAGGCAGUACAGGGGAGCCCCAGUAUGCCUCAUGGUGUGGACACCAUCGGGCUGCAGGUGGACUACUGGCUGGCGUCGCUGGCGGAGAAGCGACGUGACGGGGAACGGCGUGACACGGGCGGUAAGAACACCCUGAAGAGUGCCUUCAGGUCCCUGCAGGUCAGCAGGCUACCAGGAGGGGGCAUCAGUGAGACCCAGGCCCAGGUCAGCACCAUGGCCAUGACGGUGGUCACCAAGGAGAAGAACAAGAAGGUUCCCACCAUCUUCCUGGGUAAGAAACCGAAGGAGAAGGACGUAGACUCUAAGAGCCAGGUCAUCGAGGCCAUCAGCAGACUCAUCUGUUCUGCCAAGCAGCAUCAUACCAUGUUGAAAGUGUCCAUAGACGGAGUGGAGUGGAACGACGUCAAGUUCUUCCAACUGGCCGCCCAGUGGCCCACGCACGUCAAGUACUUCCCUGUUGGACUGUUUGGUUACAGCAAACCCCCCUCCUAGGGUCCUUUACCCCUCCCCCUUGGCCCCCUUGCCUCAGCCAGUCCCGUCCCACCUACGCACACAGACCCCGCCUCUCAGAACGCCAUGGCACUUGUAUUGGUCAGUCACGAUGGAGGGUUUUUUCUAUAUUUGUUUUAUUUCUCUAUAAGGAGGGAGGGAUGGAGGGAAGGGGUGGAGCGCUACUUGUCACUUUAAUGAAUUAAAAUGCCCCUCUCUCCCUGUGUGGUGUGUGUAUGAGGGGAACACAGCACAAGAUAACUAACUGCCGUUCAACUAACCGUAACGAUGAGGUGCAACCCCACGAAUAACUCCCAUUAUGAACCCCUGACCCUUUAACCCUGACCAGGUCUCUUAUCACAUCGAACCUGCCAACGGUCAAUCCGUGCUCUAACCCAGGCCUGCAUGCUGUAAACUCCACCACCCACUUGCCAGUUAUAACAAGAACAUCAUAUUGUGUUAACAGUAAUGACAUGGUUAUUAUGGGGUAUGGAGGGGAACUGUGCAUGACAAAUGGAACAGACAACACCUACAGUAGCAAUGCUUUUCCUGCUCCCUAAAUACAAGAAAAAGCUUUUAUCUCACCAAUGAUAUACGUUGAUAUGAUAUGAAGAGUAAAAAAUUGAAAUGUUCCGCUUUGAUGUUGUAACAACAUUGUAACUUUCUUUGAACAACACAGUCCAGUCCAGUCCUCCAAAUUCAGAGCUCACUGUUUGUCCAAACUCUACUGCUGUCUGUAAGGCUGGUCCCUUUAUCAAUCAGUUAUUGUGGUCGGCAUUGUUCUCUUGAUUUUAUUAAAUGACGAUGUGUUCUAAGCAACACACUAGUCCUCUUGGCAUCUAAAAUGAACGCUGACCAGUCGUAAGUAACUUAGCGCUGGGUCACCUGUAGCCCUAACCCCACCUGAACGCUGACCAGUCGUGAGUAACUUAGCGCUGGGUCACCUGUAGCCCUAACGCCACCUGAACGCUGACCAGUCGUGAGUAACUUAGCGCUGGGUCACCUGUAGCCCUAACGCCACCUGAACGCUGACCAGUCGUGAGUAACUUAGCGCUGGGUCACCUGUAUCCCUAACCCCACCUGAACGCUGACCAGUCGUGAGUAACUUAGCGCUGGGUCACCUGUAGCCCUAACGCCACCUGAACGCUGACCAGUCGUGAGUAACUUAGCGCUGGGUCACCUGUAGCCCUAACGCCACCUGAACGCUGACCAGUCGUGAGUAACUUAGCGCUGGGUCACCUGUAGCCCUAACCCCACCUGAACGCUGACCAGUCGUGAGUAACUUAGCGCUGGGUCACCUGUAGCCCUAACCCCACCUGAACGCUGACCAGUCGUGAGUAACUUAGCGCUGGGUCACCUGUAUCCCUAACCCCACCUGAACGCUGACCAGUCGUGAGUAACUUAGCGCUGGGUCACCUGUAGCCCUAACCCCACCUGAACGCUGACCAGUCGUGAGUAACUUAGCGCUGGGUCACCUGUAUCCCUAACCCCACCUGAACGCUGACCAGUCGUGAGUAACUUAGCGCUGGGUCACCUGUAGCCCUAACCCCACCUGAACGCUGACCAGUCGUGAGUAACUUAGCGCUGGGUCACCUGUAUCCCUAACCCCACCUGAACGCUGACCAGUCGUGAGUAACUUAGCGCUGGGUCACCUGUAGCCCUAACCCCACCUGUGCACUGUAAAGUAUUAUGACCAAUGUCAAGUAUUACAAUGCCGUUGUGUCCAAUUUUGCUGUUAUUAUUAUGAUUUUCAUGGUAACUUGGAGGUAGGAGGUUCCUCAGCAGUGACGUCAACAUCUCGUGUAACUAACUCAAUAUCUGUCCCUGUUCUCUUUUUUGGGGCGGGGGGGCUCUUACAAAGGAAGGGUUUUGCACCAAGGCCUUCAAACUCACUGAGAAUGAAUACACAGCUAUGCAUGUUCCACAAAUAAGUCUGAAUGAUAGCCUGCAAAGAUUUCACAGUACGAGGAUGCAUUUCCGACAGUCAUUGGAGAUAUCCCAUGAACUUCAUUUGAAUGCAGAUAAUAUUCAUUGAUCGCGUCUUCGUUUAUUUGAUCUCACUGUCGUCAGAAGCGUCAUUAUUUAGGAACACUCCAUUUUUGGAAGUUUUAAACCUAUUUUAUCAGUGAAUGUCUCGUUUAAUUCGAGAGAGAAAAAAACUGAUGGCAGGAGAGAUAGCGGACUGUUAAUUUACAAAUGAAAACACUUUUUAUAGGCCAGAACCAGCUGUUACUUCAUUAGAGCAUUUUCUGUUGUUCUUUGAACACAAACGCACCAUAAUAAUCUCUCCCCAAACUCCAUAGUCAGUUGACCUUGUAACUUUGUAGCCUGUGAGCUUGGAUACUUUGUGCAACUUCCCUUGUGAGUACCAAAGAGAGAUAUGGCCAGGGCAGUGGCACUAUUCAAAGCAGACCAUCAAACUCUGCUGCUCUUAUUACGUGUCACUGCCCACCAGCCACGGGCUUAGACCCAGACACAUAUCUUCAUCUGGACUUGGACCCAUCUUUUAACUGACUGUAUCUAUGUAUGUUAUGUACGUGGUUGUAUCUAUGAUGUGUAGAUGUGUCUCCUUAACCACAGAUCUAGGAUCAGAUUACCAGGCCCUCCAGUUCUAACCAUAACCAUUAGGGGGAGUUAAAACUACCUGACCCUGAAUCAGUCGUAAUGGGCGACAUCUACUGCCAGAGCUCCAACUGCUCUUUGCCUUGUAGCGUGUUAUUAGCAUAAUAAGGAGUGUAAGAUAUGAUUCUAUUUGAACUGCUUUCUUUUCAUAGGGGAAUCGUAAGUAUUCAACGAACGGGACAGACAAAAAAUCACUGCCAAAAAUGUCUGUUACAUGGAUAUAACAGCCAAGCUGACGAGAGGGUGUAGGUAUAGGUGUAGAUAUAGGUGUUCAGUGUUUUUGGUGACAACAACAAAACAAAACUUUAAAUCAUGAUUCUUGUUCCAAAAUAAUGUAUUUCAAUGUUAGAAAAAGAUGAUGUUACCAUGAAACAUUCCACUGUUUUACUCUGCCUCUCCUCUCCCCCUGUUCACAGUUCAGUCCCGGUCUUUCACCGGUCUCACCGUUUACAUGUUUGUUGUUUUUCCUACCUUCUCUAGGCCUAUUCUUCCUGUGUGACUGUCGUCUCCAACUUGACCUGCUGUGUGUUAACCUGUGUCUCUAGCUGUACUGACCUGUGUCUCUAGCUGUACUGACCUGUGUCUCUAGCUGUACUGACCUGUGUCUCUAGCUGUACUGACCUGUGUCUCUAGCUGUACUGACCUGUGUCUCUAGCUGUACUGACCUGUGUCUCUAG